AUUCAUGACUUGAUUGUUAUAACGUUUUAAACUGGUUUAGUUUUAAUAAACUGGACAGAAGAAGAAGCGAUAUUCAAAGAAUAACUGGUGACCAGUUAAAUAAUUAGUCUAGCCUUCCUUUCCAGCAUUAAUAAGGUCCUUAUUACUGUUCACAUUCAACAACCCCAGUUUGGUCCGUUCGCUCUUAAGCUGUUUCAUUAAAGUAUAUUUCUAAACUACCAUUUAACAGUUCGAAAAUAGUUUUUUUAUGAAAAACAUAAACAAACUAGUUGAUUUCAAUAAAAUAUUCAUCAACAAUGACUAAUUGGUCAGCCAGCACCAUUCUUAGUAGAGCGAUUCUUCUAAUAGCAGUGUUCAUCGUCUUGAUGAACCUAUUGUCCAUUGCAGAGGGCAAAAAAGUAAUUCGGUCGUCUCGACGUCGACUUCCUUGGAUCAGAUCUCGGAGGUCUACACCUCACCGUAGUACCCGUGAAAUACAUGAGGGCUCGAUCCGCCUGGUGGGAGGUCACACAGUAAAUCAAGGAAACGUGGAGAUCUACCAUUUAGGUGAGUGGGGAUCCAUCUGUGACGAUGAGUGGGACGAACGAGAAGCGAAUGUCGUUUGUCGUCAACUAGGAUAUCCAGCCGCAAAGAAGCCUACCACCGACUCUUUUUAUGGUCAAGCACGAAGUACAAUAUGGAUGGACAACAUAUUCUGCAAUGGGAAUGAAAUGAGUAUAGAGAAAUGUCCAUUUGACGGUUGGGGAAUAACAGAUUGUAUUGGAAAAGAGGCCGCUGGCGUCAUCUGCCAGGAUGGACACCUCUCAUCUGCUGAGUCUUCGGCAAAUUAUUUCUACAACCAAGCACCAACCAAAUACUUCCCACGAAAGCUUGACCCAAACAAUUUUUCUAUCCGGCUCGCUGGAGGGCUCUCGCUAUCUGAAGGACGAGUGGAGGUGUACGUUCCAGAUAUCGGAUGGGGAACAGUGUGUGGCGAUGGUUGGGAAAUUCUAGAAGCGAAUGUUAUUUGCAAACAACUGGGACUAGGGUAUGCACAAGAAGCCCUUCAGAAUUCGAUUUUUGGGGGUCAGCAACACAAAAUGAUCUUGAGUGGAGUAAAGUGUACGGGAAACGAAAAGACUCUUGCAUAUUGUCAAUAUGACAGUGUUGGGAACGUCGAUUGUCCUGGAAGAGAUAGAAACAUUGCUGGCGUCAUCUGUGUAAAAGCCAUGUCUGACCUCAUUCCAGAUGAAAAAGAGAUUGAAAGGUCUGCUUAUUUGGAUAAAAAACAGCUGUUUCAACUUCAAUGCGCCAUGGAGGAAAAUUGUGUUGCUAGCUCAGCUUAUCGGUUACUGAAAGAGAAUAGAGAUGCUAACAUAUUUGAGACGAGGAAAUUGCUAAGAUUCACCGCUAGGAUAGGAAAUAUUGGGACAGCCGACUUCCUGCCAUUUUUAGCGAAACGAUCCUGGCAAUGGCAUGCUUGUCACAAACAUUAUCACAGUAUGGAAGUAUUCGCACAUUUUGACGUUAUCGAUGCAAGGGGUAAUAAAAUAGCUGAGGGUCAUAAAGCUAGUUUCUGCCUUGAAGAUAACUUCUGCAGAGCGGGAUCUCAGAAAAAAUACGUAUGUGCAAACUACGGGGAUCAAGGAAUUACUGUAGGAUGCACGGACAACUACAUGCAUGAUAUCGACUGUCAGUGGGUUGAUAUAACUGAUAUCAAACCCGGCAAUUAUUAUUUCAAAGUAUCUAUAAACCCGGAAUUCAAAGUUGCAGAAAUGACCUUUGAUAAUAAUGCUGCCCUAUGUAAUUUGGAUUACACCUCUGCUUCAGCAAAAGUCUGGAAUUGCACUCUGACACGGCCAUGAAGAAGGUUGCUCCAGUGUGAGAGUUCAGCUUUUUGUACAGUACCAUGAAGGACACAAAAUUAAACAAUAAUAACAAAAUAAUGACACUUAAUAAAUAGUAAAUAAUAGUAAACAGACACCGAAUUUUU